UCAGUACUGUCUGAUAAACAAACGGAGGCCUGAUUCCUCUCAAAGAUGGAUAUGUUAGAUUACUGCAAGACCUUUAAUAUGGUAAAAAGUAGUUAUGCCAACCAAGAAUCUACCGAUUUAACUUCUCAGGAAGCUCGGCAACUAGGUGGUUCGCAGAAGAAUCACGAGAAUAAUGAUGGCGAUAUGUUGGUGGAGACUGUCGAGAGUUUGUCAACAAAACCUGGGGAUUUAUCCAUUUAUGGGCCAGAUACACAGAUCGACAAGGACAUAGGCAAUUCUGGGGAGAAGAAGCUGAGCACUUUGAAUGAGGUAGCGAGGAAAAAAGGAAUGAUCUCCACGCUAAAUACGAAGACUCAGCAAAGACUGAAUUUUGAAUGUGAACUGACUUUUGCCCCAAAACUCAAUGCACUGAGUAUAAAACUGGCGAAAGAACGCGGCGUAAAGGUCCGUUCUAGCUCUGACAGAAAGACUUAUUACGCGGCAGAUGAGUUUACUUUUAAACCCAAAGUGAGUUCGAACAGUGUUAAAAUCGUACAGCAGCUGAAAACGACAUUUAUGGACCGGCAGCAAAUGCACGUGGAGAAGCAGAAGCGCUAUAUUGAAGCAACAAUCAACAAUUCAAACCAAGCCAAAGACAAGUUCACUCCAGUUCCUGAUAAAGUUUCCAGCAGGUCUCCAACAAGAUUGAAAAAGAUUUCAAAAAUCAAAGAAGCCAGGUCUGCAGAGGAAGAUGAUCAGAAGUUGUCAGAUGAGAGUUCAAUGACAUCUCCAGAAGUGCUAGUAUCAACGUUGGCACCUGAUUUUCUAACAACUCACACCAUAAGCACAUCCAUUGGAACUGAUAGAAGAGGUUCACAGGAAAAAUCUGACGAGCAAUCUGACUUGAACUCUUUGUCUUCGAAUGAUUUCACAAGGAAAACAAAGUCAACUGGAAAAAUUUCAGAGAAUGCUGUCAAUAGAGCUAAUGCUGCAUAUCAAAAAUUCCAAGAAACUAGUCCUUACAAUCAGUCCCUUGAAAAUUUAUCCUUGAAAAGGGGAAAGCGAGUUUUAAAGGCUGCACGCAAAAGGACGAUUACCCAUCCCCCAGCAAAACUGGUCACCACUGAAAGUAACAACAAUAGCCCUGGAUGGGAUGAGAGUACAAAAGUCAAGAUUACUGGAAAACAGAAAACUUCUCACUCCAGGAGUCACUCUCAACCUAACUCACAGCCAGGAAAAAAGAGUUAUGAUGAUCCUAUGUUUGACAAAGUUAGAAAUGCAACAAAAGUAGCAGAAAAUGCCAUCAAGAAGAAGAAAGUAUUUAUUUGCCAUGGACCCUACCCAAUUGUGCGAGCUGUGCUGCGAAAGCGAGGAUACGUAGAGAAACAUUACAAAGGAAGUCUUUUACCUACAAAAAACAAGAAAAAUGAAAGUGACGGUAGAGAUGAUGAUAAUUCUUGUGACAGUGGGGAUGAAUCUGACAAUGAAAUGUCACCCAGGAAAGAUGCAAAGGCCGCCAGUAAUCUUCUAGCUAAAUCACAUAGGGCAUCUAAGACUAAAACAAGGGCUGUCGUCAAUGUUAGUAAGAAUAGCAACGAUGAUGACGGUGAUGAUGGUAGCUGUUGUGAUGACAGUGACACUGACAGCACUGACAAUGAAGAUUGGAAUGCAGGGUAUGACGGAAAUGGUCCAGACUGUGAGUUCAGUCUUAUGUCCAGAACUGUGCGAAAUGCUGUGGCUUCAUUUAUAUGGACAACCAAACGAGAUGAUGUAGAUUUCAAGUUUUUGAGAAAGGACCAACUUGUGAAUCAUUACAGCAAAGCUAGCUCAUUGACUACAAAGUUUGGUCUCACAACAAACCUGAGGAAUUUGAAGUGGUAUGAAGAGGCAGAUCACUAUACUUUCUUCCCUCGUUCACACUUGCUUGGUUCAGAUGAUGAAAAGAUGGACUUCAUAGAUGAUUACCGUUUGACUGCUGCUGUAAGCAUUGUUAAGUGGGUUGUUCAAAGGUACGAAAAUGGCAACACUGAUGAUAAGCCUGCGUCCAAUGAAGAACCUCUGCCUCCGGAUCAGGGGCAUGCUACUCCUAAGACCACCUCUGCAGAGCUAAGGAAUUCAGCCACAUCCAGGGAAACAUCCAAAGCAGGAUCCCAAGCUACAUCUAGAGCAUCUUCCCACUCAGUCUCUAAUGUGGUACCUGUGAAGGCCUUGACACUUGCACUGGAGGCUUGUCGUGAUUUCCUCAAGUGUAAGGAGCAUUUGGACAUUGAUGAGCCUCUUAAUAAGGGUCCAGCCAUCUCAGAGGAUUCCUGGAAACUACUACUUGUCUAUUAUUAUCAAGUCAAGAGUCCUGGUACUGUGAUUGCAACUGCUUAUCCGUUUCUCAAAGAGUGUCAGAACAUUAUGAAACAGAUGAAGGAAUAUCUUCCUCAAAUUGAAAUUGAUGGUACAAAGAACAUUUGGAUUGUCAAACCUGGUGCAAAAUCAAGAGGCAGAGGAAUUAUGUGUAUGGAUCGUCUUGACCAGAUUGUCAAGCUUGUUGGAAGUAAUGCUGUGGGCAAGAAAGAGGGUCACUUGGUUGUCCAGAAAUAUAUAGAGAGGCCACUACUGAUCCAUGGAGUGAAAUUUGACAUCAGACAGUGGUUUCUUGUUACUGACUGGAAUCCUUUGACUUUGUGGUUCUAUAAGGAUUGCUACAUACGAUUCUGCAGUCAGAACUUCUCUCUCGAAGACUUUCACAUAAGCAUACACCUUGCCAACAAUUCCAUCCAGAAGCACUUUGAGAAUGGAGUCCGUGACAAGCGUAUACCAGAUGAGAAUAUGUGGAGUAGUGAUGACUUGAAGGCUUAUCUCACGAAACGUGGUGUUGGUGAAAUGUGGGAAGAAUCGAUUUAUCCUGGAAUGAAGAAAGCUGUUAUUUCUGCUGUGCAGUCCUGUCAGGAGAUAGUGGAAUAUCGGAAGAAUUCAUUUGAGUUAUAUGGUGCUGACUUCAUUAUUGGUGAAGACUACAAGCCAUGGUUGUUGGAAAUAAAUUGCAGUCCUACAAUGGGACCAAGUACAGCAGUUACAAGAAAACUGUGUGCACAGGUUCUGGAAGAUACCAUGAGAGUGGUGCUUGACCGACGCGAGGACAAGAACUGUGAUACAGGAAGAUAUGAAUUAGCAUUUAAACAGCCACAAGUGUCAGCUCCUCCAUACAUUGGCAUGAACAUGGCAGUAGAAGGAGAGGGAAUACGCAAACCAACAGCAAAUGCAAAGAAGCAUAAUGAGCUUACAACUCCUAGAGUUAUACCAAGCUCCAAGAAUAAGGAUGCUUCUACAGAAACUAAAGCUGCUGCUGUUUCCCAGCACAAACAGAUGUCUCCAGAAGCCAAUAAUACUAAGAUUUCAACUCUAUCUCGCCCCAAAGAAGCACGGAAUAUCAUUGCAAAUCUUUCAGGGGAAGCUUUAGAGACAUUGAACACCAAAAAUCGGAGAGAAACAAAAAGGAAACCUGAAGGUUCAUGGGCAACUGGUAGCAUGUAUGUUGCACAGUCCAUUCCCAUAGCAACAACCUUUUGCUCAACAGAUGAUGGGAAAUUGAAAGGAAUCAUUAAAAGAAGUAAAUCUCGUUAUUCAACAAAUGUUGUUACGACUGAGAUGCAACCAAGAGUUCCAAGGGCAAUGCAAAUACCAAAAGCAGUACUCAAGUACUCCAAUGACAGCAGAAUGCGACAGAGAACACAGCUACCCAUUUCUAUUGGCCCAGACAGCAAUGGAAAACAUUUCUAACCAUUACUGCGAGUUAAUAGCAUAAUGCAAUGGUGUUCCUGUCAACCCAAAUAUGGG